AUGAGCAAAAAAAAGAGAGUUUCUUGGUUUUUUGAAAGUCAACAGGAACCAAAAGAUGAAUAAAAUCAAUCAUCUUUAUAAAUUAACACAGUUGAAGAACCAAAGUAGGAUUAAAGAAUGCCAUCGUAAUAAAUCACUCAACCAGCGUAGGUAGUUUCUUAAGCUCCAUAACCGAUGCCAUCUUCUUAAUUUGAUCUGGAAAGCAAUAGAACUAGAAAAGUUUCCUUUAUUCCAUUUAUUGGAAAAGUUGCUGAAUCAACACCGCCAAAAUUGAGUCCAAUUUCUGAAGAGCAGCCAAGUUCUAAAAAGCAAGAACCUCAGUAAAAUGAGUUGCCUGUUGCUUAAUCAAUUUAAAUUCAAUAUUCUAUACAAAAAUAGGCACCGAUUUAAAAUUAACUUAUUCAAACGUCAUAAUAACUACAAUAAAGAACACCAAAAGCAAUUCGAAUGGAGGAAAACACUGGAAAAUAAUCCUAUAGAAAAAAUGUGAAACCUGUUGAAAUUGAUAUAGUAAAGGAUCUAUAAUAGUUAAAUUCUUUAGCUGAAAUGAAUGAUGCUACAUUGAAAAGAGUUAUUACCAGAGAAGAAUAAGAAAUUUUACAAAUUUAAGAUGUGUUGUACCAAAGGAUAAGCAAACUUCAAUAGAAAUUAAUUUAAUUAAAUGACAUUGAAUAAAAGUAACUUGAUUCAAAGAUGAAUAAUAAUAAUAAAGUGGAUUAAAUACAAGAUAGAGAAGAUUUAUUUGAAAAUUAGUUAGAUGAACCAAAACAGUAGGAAUAAAAUAAAGGAUCUUCUUAGCAAAUAAGAGCUAUGUUGAUCUAAUGUCUUGGAUAUCAAGUAAGUAGCAUCUAUUAUGAUAAAAAACGAUAUUAAAUAACAUUUACAUAUAAAUAGGCCAAUGUUCAAUACACAUUUUAGAAUUAGAAAUAGAUUGAUGGCAAUUUAGAAAUUUAAGAUAUCUUUAAUGAGUUCUAUAGAGAAUUGCAAGAAAAUAGAUUGGUAUUAUCUGGCUUAAAGAUUGAUUACAAAUAAAAAACAGAAAUAAAUAAAGGAGAAAUAGUUUAAUUAUCAUUGAAACAUUAGUUUUAAAAUUCUAAUAAGAUGGCUAAUGAGAUAAUAUUUUCAGCAAUUCAUUAAAUGCCAAUAUUGUUAUCGAAAGUUGAUGAAUUAGAAUAAUAAUUACUUGUUAGUAAUAAUAUUUGGGGUACUUUAUGGAGACUUGAUUCAGAAAAGGGCUUCAUUUAAAUUUUAUUCAGUCAUAGAUAUAGAAUAGAUGAUAAAAAUUUAUUACUUAACUCAAAAAAGAAAGUAUUAAGAUUUGAAAUAAAUUUAAGAACUUUCGAAAUUCAAUAUUAAUUUUACAAAUAUUUUGAUGAAAUAAUAUCACCAUUCAUUUAAAAAGACUCUAAGAGAAAAUAAAGUGCUAAAGAAAUCUCAGUUGGUGAAAGAGCAGAAGGUUUAGUGAGUGAUGAAUUUACAGAGACAAUUUAAGAGUAUUUAUUGCGAAAACCUAAUUUAUCACAUCUUGUAGAGUGGUUGAAUAUUAUAUAACUCAAUUGA